GUCGAGUCUGGCAGCGCCAGCAACGGUCUCUCGACGAAUCCGCGAGUGGAGUGUCUUCAUUUAAGUUCGACUGUCUAUAUAUAGAAACGUCUAUAUAUGUACAAGUAAUUGCAAAUAGGUUAAAUAUUUAGCAGCUCGAGAUGGGAAAUCAGCCGGGAAAGCUGCACGCGCAUGCACAGAGCGGUCGACCCAAGAAGAAUGUCCAUUGGAAGUCUGCAGAACGACCCUCUCCGCCUGGUCGGCCCAUACUGACGCCGCUGUCGCUCUCGGAGCAGCAGCCCGAUGUGGUCAACCUGCGAUGGGAUCGUCCGCUGCUCGACGGAGGGUCCCCAAUCACCGGCUACACGGUAGAACAUCGUCGCAUGGGCUCGCCGCAUUGGGUGCGUGCAACACCCACGCCUGUCUCCCGUUGCGAUGUGUGCAUCAGUGGACUGGAGCCAGGCUGGCGAUACCAGUUUCGCUGCUUUGCCGAGAACAUCGUGGGACGAUCCGACGCUAGCGAACUGUCUGAUCCCCUGACCGUUACACUGCAGCGCAACGCGAUAACUGUUCCCCGCUUUAUAGACGAGCUGUUGGACACUGAUGCGGUGGAGGACGAGCGGAUCGAGUUCCGGGUGCGCAUUCUCGGCGAGCCGCCGCCGGAGAUCAACUGGUUCAAGGAUGGCUACGAGAUCUUCAGCAGUCGACGCACCAAGAUCGUCAACGACAACGACGCCAGUGUUCUGAUCAUCCACCAAGUGGCACUGACGGACGAGGGCGAAAUCAAGUGCACGGCAACGAACCGAGCUGGCCACGUGGUGACCAAGGCCAGUCUCAUGGUGCAGGCGCCACCCAAGAUUCGCUUGCCGCGCACCUACGAGGACGGACUUAUUGUGGAGGCGGACGAGGUGCUGCGUCUGAAGGUCGGCAUUGCCGGACAGCCGCCGCCGGCCAUUACCUGGCUCCAUGAGGGUGACGUGAUUGCUCCUGGUGGACGAUUCGAGGUCACCAAUACGGAGAAAAACUCUCUUCUCAAGAUAGACAACGUGCAUCGCAAGGAUCGCGGGGAGUACAUGGUACGUGCAUGGAACAAGCUGGGGGAGGACAACGCAUCCUUUCUGGUCACGGUAACGGCACGGCCCAAUGCUCCGGGGGCUCCCCGUCUGAACAUGUCGUUCGGCAAGUCCGCAACGCUCUCCUGGACGGCACCGCUGGACGAUGGCGGCUGCAAGAUCGGCAAUUACAUUGUGGAGUACUUUCGAAUUGGCUGGAACGUCUGGCUGAAGGCUGCCACCACGCGGGCCCUGACGACCACUCUGCACGAUCUGAUCGAGGGCUCGGAGUACAAGUUUCGCGUCAAGGCUGAGAACCCCUAUGGCCUGAGUGAGCCAUCCGAGGAAUCGGAGCUGCUCUUCAUACCCGAUCCCAAGCGUGGCAUCACCAAGCCCAAGUCUGCCACCAAAAUCGCAGGCGAGGAGAAGGAUAAGCCCCAGUCGGACGCCGUUCAAGUGCCGCCACGUCGCAAGACGCUCUCUCCACCGCGUCCCCAUGCAGAUGCUGCGACGGGCAUGUCGCCCAAACAGUCGCCAAAUGCCAAACGCAAGCCAAAGCCUCAGCUCAUCGACAACGAGCAGCUGCACCAUGAAAUGUCGUACGGCACCUCGGACCAGGCUUUGAAAAUGGAUGUGCGCAAGAGUCCCUCCCAGAGCAGUGCCGACUCCUUGGCAAAGCCGGCGGCUGGAUCCAAUAAUAGGCUCAACCUCACACUGAUCACCACCACCGCUCUGGUGGACAAGCCAGAGCCCCCGGCUAGGCCCCAGAAGUCACCAGUUGGCUCACCCCUCAAGUUGUUCCAUGCCAAGCCCACGAUCGUGGCCAAAGAGAGGUCCCCACUGCAGCCCCGGCCGCAGCCCCUGCCCACUGCGCCUGCGGAAAAGGCUGCCAAAUCGGUUCUCCACCGAAAACGAAGUCUGAGUCCACCAACGAAGCGACAGCACUCCGAAACGCAACCAACACCCCCACCAGAGGUCAUCAAGUCAACGCCAGCCCUGCAGCGCAGUGCGGAGCCAGUCCAACUGGGAGUUAACCAGAAUGUGAGACGAUUCUCGGCCCAGGCCCUGAGUCCGGCGAGAAACGUACCCACCCUGGCGUUGGCAGUGGCUGCCAGUGCUAGUGCGGUGAUUGGCGAGAGGCUGCCCACCAUUGAGAUCAGUGCACCACCACCACCACCACCACCAAUCACAGCCACAGCGACAGCGGCAGCCACAGUUCCGGUUCAGAUUCCGGAAGAGUCCCCCAAACCCAAACCCAAAGCCAACCAGAGACCAGACGAUUCUCCAGUUUCGAGACGUACCUUCAGGUCAGCGGACAAGCACGACGAGGUGCACACCAGUAACGAGUUCAUGCUCGUCGUCUUCGACAAGAACAGCAAGGUCAAGGAUAAGGACAAGCAGGAUUCCUUCGAGCUCGACCUGGAGGACGCCAUACAGCCACCGCCCAUAUCCAUCUCCGCACCAGAUCUGGCAUUUCUGGAGUUCAACAAUCUGCACACCACCUUCCCACUGCGUCGCUCAGUGAGCUCCACUGAGCUGCUCUAUGAGCGGGCAAUGGCUAGAUUCUACGAGGCGGUAGAGCUUGAGCAAGCGGCCAAGUCAAGAAAGGCCUCUCAGGACAGAAUAGCAAGCAGCACACAGGCGCCAGUCCCGCCGGCCAAUCUCCGCAAGCGCCUGGGCUCCAUCACAGAGGCGGAGCGGGUCUCGUUCGAGCGGAGAAGCGAGCUGCGCCGACAAUCAGCGGACAUGGUUAGCAUGGGCAGAAAGUGGGACUCAAGGGAGAACGUCAACGAUCUGAGCAGCCUCUCACGCACCCACACCACGGGACAGAUUGUGGCUGAGGAGAAACCACAGCAAAUGCGGGAGCAGGAAGAGCUUGACGACGAAGAGCGGACCGAGAGCACGGCAGAAGACAGUGAAGACAUGAAUAUGGAACUGGAUGAGGACUAUCCAGAACAGGGAAAACAACAGUCUAGCUACGACCUGGGGUCCGAUUACACGGAGAGCACAGCCUCCUCGGAGCAGGACUCCAUUGAGAAAUUCAAGAUGGAACUGUUGGCUCGCACCCGUUCGCCCAGCCCCCGCGAUCUGGAGACGUACCAUCCUCGCAACAUGGGCGCUGGCACCUUCACACCCUAUCGCGCCCCCACACCGGAGCAGGCGGCUGUUGUGCUCACUCGCCCAAUGCCGCUGCCCAGUCCAGACUUUGUGCCCAAGCCGAUCCUCAAGCGCUCGUCCAACGAGCAUGUGGAGCAGCCGUCGAGCCCACCCAUCAGUCCAUCUUUGCCGGGUAACGGCAAUGGAGCCACAGCCACCGCAGCAGUGACAGUCGCAGCCAGCCCACAACCCAUACCAAGCACUGCCCCCAAUCCCAGUAGCAGCAGUCUAAAGAUGGACCUGGCCAAGGGCAUAAAGUCGUUCUUUAGUCGCGACAAGCGAUCCGCCACAGAGAAGAACACUGAGGCCAACGAGGAGAUAUCGAAUCCCCUGGAGAAAACUAAUGCCGCUGCCAUUGCGGCCGAUUUGGAGGUCAAACGCAGGGCCAAGGAGGAGGAGGAGCUGCGUCGCCAAGAGGCUGAGCGCCUCAUGCAGGAGGAGGCCCAUGCCGCCGUCGAUCACUACAGCGACCUAGUCCGGGAGGUCGGCAGCUCCCACAAAUACCACACGCCCAUCUACCUAGACCGCGAGGAGUUGAAGCGGGCCGCCGCCAAGGCAGCAGCCGAAACCGACGAGGAUGAGGCCUCCAUGUCCAACACGGAGGAGCACAGGAGGAGGCUGGCCACCAAGACCAACGACGACAUGCUAUUGGCCCCGCCAGUGGUCAGUCGGGAGCGGCGUCUCUCCAUCUCGGAGAGGGAGCAGCUGGUGCAUGUGCGGGAUGCGUCCAGUAAUCUGGCGUACCACAAAUCACGGGACAAAGAUGCGUUAGAGCGAGAGGUGGAGCAGCAGACUCAAAGGCAGGCGGAGAAGGGGGAGGAGGAAGAGCCGGAGUAUCCGACCGUUCUAGUGGUGCCCCCACCCAAGACAAAGAACAAGAGCGAGGCGGAGAGUGAGAGCGUCAUGAGCGAGACCGUCGAGGCUCGUCCCGAUGCCCGGGGACGAACGCGUCUCGUUAAAGUUAAACGGGUGAUUAAACGCCGGGUUCCAUCCAGUACGCGGUCUCGUGACACCUCGCUCAGUAGACCCCCAGCACUAGCUGCGGGCAGCCAGCCCCUUGCUGUGGAGAGGACCUCGCAGACGUCCCUGGUUCUGUCAAGCGCCGAACGGGAUCUUCUGGAGAGAGCGUCCGCACUGGCGGUUCUCCAAUCCGAGGAGCAUACGCACGAGAAGGUCCGCUCGGCUCUGAGCUACUGUACGGAUUUGGUUCUCUUCCUGGUUGCCUGUUAUGUGUACUUGUUCAAGGACGCGCGACUUGUCCUGCCCAUUCUGGGCCUGAUCAUUUACCGCCAACUGGGCGAGGCCGUUAGGGGCUAUAUACCCAGUUGGUUGCGUCGCAAGGGCAACGGCGAGACCUGAUCCUCAGGUCUCCUCAUCCUCACACGCGUUUACUCGUAUCGGUUAAGAUAGUUUUUAUUGAAGUCGACUUAUUUACGUAUCUUAAGCUAAAGUUCUCUUACGGAUCGGACUGUCAAAGAAUCCUCAAAUUUCUGUAUACGUCAAACGUCCUUGCAAAUUCCGAAAUCCGAAUCGAAUCGAAUCCUAUCCUAUUAUGAUUUGAUAGCCUUUAGUAUAAGUUUAUCAUUUAACCAGGUCCGCCUAUGUCAGUUAAUGACAAUCGUGUUCUAGAAUGUCUUUCUGCAGAGUGCUGAGAAAUUGUAUUAUCAUGGGACCCAUAGGCAUAAUAAUUUUCAAUUUGCAAGGAUAUUUCCCCGAAGCGAGACUUCGCUCCUGUUUUGUUUGGAAAUGUUAAGUGUGUUUUCCCCAUUUCGAAAGUGUCUUUGAGUUCGAGCCAGUGGUUAAGUGGUUAGGGUUGUUCAUUGAAGACCCAUCCGACCAUUAAUCCUACACAUAAGUAGUAUAUGUAUGUGUAUGUUUCACUUAGUGCCUCCUCAUGUUGUGAAGUUUUCGUUUGCGGUCCUUUGUCAUCUAUCUGAAUUGUUGGUGGUUUUGGAAAUAAAGCUUGUGCCAAAAUAAAAUUCGCGUGCGAGUAUAGAGAUACGUACAGAUAUGUAU